UCACUGUCACCCCGUGCCUCUCCCUCCUCCUGCUGGUUUUCCGGCCCCCCCAGUUUCCUGCUGAGGGGCAGCAGGGUGCAAGCCCACGAGGCACAGAUUUCUCUGAUUUGGCAACAGCCAGGCAGCCUCUCCCCUUUCGCUUUCAGCUGCCUCUUCCUCCCUUCCCCUGGGCAGCCCCAGCAUCCGCCCCGCCGGGCCAUGGAGCGCGGGGACCGCCAGCCCCUGGUGAGGAGCCCGAGCUCCUCGUACCGCACCUUCCCCGAGGGCACUGCCAGGAGGCUCGACAAGGAGUACCUGAGGAGCCUCCACAACAAGCGGCUCUACCUGGCUGUGUUUGCCGCUGUCCUGGGCAACUUCAGCUUCGGCUUCGCCCUGGUUUAUCCCUCCCCCGUCAUCCCUGCCCUGGAGGCUCAUCCCAGCCCUGCGCUGAGGCUGGACCAGCACACGGCGCCCUGGUUUGGGUCGGUGUUCACGCUGGGAGCGGCGGCGGGCGGGCUCAGCACGAUGCUGCUCAACGACUGCCUGGGCCGCAAGCUGAGCAUCAUGUUCUCGGCUCUGCCCUCGGCGCUGGGAUACGCGCUGCUGGCCGGAGCCCAGGGCCUCUGGAUGCUGCUGCUGGGCCGGGUGCUGACGGGCUACGCCGGCGGAGUCACCUCCGCCUCCAUCCCGGUUUACAUCUCGGAGAUCUCCCACCCGGGGGUCAGGGGGAUGCUGGGUGCCUGUCCCCAGAUCAUGGCAGUGCUGGGCUCCCUCGUCCUGUACGCACUGGGGCUGGUCCUGGACUGGCGCUGGCUGGCGGUGGCCGGGGAGGUGCCGGUGCUUGCCAUGGUCCUCCUGCUCUGCUUCAUGCCCAACUCGCCCCGGUUCCUGCUCUCCCAGGGCAAGGAGGAGGAGGCCCUGGGCUCCCUGUGCUGGCUGCGGGGUGAGGACACAGAUUACGCCCGGGAGUACGAGCAGAUCAAGGACAGCGUGAGGAAGCAGGUGAGGAAGCUCAGCACAGGGAGAUGUAACAUGAAAACUGCAAAAUCCAUCCACUGGGCAACUCCUGAGCCCCCCUCUGGCUGCCAGGUGGUUCCCAGAGGUGUUCUGACUUCGUGUUCCUGCCUUUGUCCCCUCCAGAGCCGUCGGGUGUCCUGUGCUGAGCUCAAGGACCCCUUCCUUUACAAGCCCAUCCUGAUUGCGGGGGGAAUGAGGUUCCUGCAGCAGCUCUCGGGGGUCACCUGCAUCCUCGUGUACCUGCAGCCAAUAUUCAAGAAAACAUCUGUCAUCCUGAAAGCAGAGUACGACGCAGCUCUGGUGGGCCUGGUUCGUCUGUCCGCAGUGGCCAUCGCUGCUGUGUCGAUGGAUAAAGCUGGGAGGAAGAUUCUCCUCUUUGUAUCAGCUGGUGUCAUGUUGGUCUCCAACCUCACCAUGGGGCUCUACAUCCACUUGGUGCCAGCUUCUCACAACGGCACCGUGGCCAACGCCACCCUGGCGAGCUCUGCCCGCCUCCCUGCCGAGCCAACAAACUACAUCACCCUCAUCCCCCUGCUGGCAACCAUGCUCUUCAUCAUGGGUUACGCCAUGGGCUGGGGCCCCAUCACUUGGCUGCUCAUGUCCGAGAUCCUCCCUCUCAAAGCCCGUGGGGUGGCCUCGGGCCUCUGUGUGGUCGUGAGCUGGCUGACAGCCUUCACCCUGACCCAGUUCUUCCUCCCAGUCGUGAACGCCUUCGGCCUCGAGGUGCCCUUCCUGUUCUUCGCUGUCAUCAGUGCUGGGAACAUCUUCUUCACGGGCUGCUAUGUGCCUGAAACCAAAGGCAGGUCCCUGGAGCAGAUCGAGGCCUUCUUCAGGACCGGCCGGAGGUCGUUCCUGAGGUAGGAGCUGCCCGUGCCCAGGCUGGAGGACAAAGCAAACUUGUGCUGCUGGAAGUGGAGGCUGGAGCUCCCUGUGGGAGAGGAAAGGGCAGCAGUGAUCGUCUGGCUCUGGCUGUAGAAGCUGCCAGCUGGAACUUUACCUUCCCUUCCUGUCACCCAACACUACCUGUUGCUCUCUGCACAACCUGUCAGUCCUUGGGAUGGGAGCAGCUCACAGGGCAGGCUGGAGAUGAAGGUGUCCUGAAGGAUGAUGGUGUGGCUGUGGACAGGAGACCACGGCUGUCCUUUGCUCAGCAGCCUCUGAGGGCUCGGCUGGAGCUGAGUUUACAGCUGGAGCCGUUCUGGCAAAAGCUCAUCCUGUAG